AUAAAAUUUUGUUUUUAAAUAUAAUUUUAAUUAAAAAAAAUUUAUCAUCGCAUAUGGUGCAGUAAAACCCCUAGCAUAUAAUAAAACUAAAGAAUAUUAAGCAAAAAAAAUUGAUCAAGAUAAGUUAUAUUAUUUAUAGUUUAUUAAAAUAUAUCGGGUUAUUUUAUUAAUUUUCUUUUGUAAUUAUAUGAUCAAAAGUAAAAAAAAAAAUAUUAAAACUGCUACAAACCGGAAUUAGAACUUUUAAAAAGACAUAUUUGUUUGUUACCGAAAAUCAGAUUUCCAGUACACAAAUAACUCUUAUAAAUCAGAAUAAAACUCUUUUGUUUUUGUCACAAAGCUGAACCUGUCUUUCGUUUCACUUUUAAUUUCACAUAAUCAAAUAUAUUACCGCGCACUAAACAGAAAACUGCUUUUCCUUUAGCCUCACGUCAGAUAUUGUCGGUAGGGACAUGUUCCCAACGGCACGUCGUACGUAUUGUAACCGGGACCAAUUUAAAUCGUUGUGAAACUCAUUUUGCUUCCAAAAAGAACCAACCGGGAGUCAAAUUGAAAUCAGAAUCGGUUCAUAGGAAUCCAUCACAGCUAAGUAAACCAGGAAACACUAUGGCCCUGUUCCUUUUUUAUGCUGGAUGUUGUAUGUAGAUGUAAAUAUUCAAAUGUUGUUUGGACACAAUCGCACUAUCAUCUAGAUGAUGCAUGGAUGCAAAAUCCACACCAUUUACAAAACCUAAAUAAUUAAGAUGCCAAAAAUGUAGAGUUUAGAUGCAGCCUUUGCAUGUCAAAAACAAAAAGACAUAAGUACCCUAUAAUAUAAAUUUUAAAACAACUAGUUUAUAUUAAUUAUUAUUAUUAUUAAAUAUAUUUUAAAAUAGUAAAUUAUGUUUUCUUCGAAACCAUAAAAUCAUUUUAGAAAAAUUCUGAAAUCGAGUUUUUCCAUCAAAAUCGUAAAAUCAUAUUUUCCGAAAAAGCCGAAAUUGGAUUUCCCUUUCAAAUAUGCAAAAUCGGAUUUUCCGCCAAAAUCAUAAAAUUAAAAGUUUCCGCCAAAAAAUCAAAAUCGGAUUUUCUACCCAAAACUGCAAAAUCACGUUUCUCACCAAAUCAAUAAAAUUUGGAGUUUCCACCAAAAUCGUAAAAUCGUAUUUCCUGCCAAAAUUAUAAAAACAUGUUUUCCACCAAAAUUACAAAAAUCAAAUAUUCCUGUAAAAAAAAAUUCGCGAAAACAUCAAAAUCGCAUUUGUUUGGGUUCGAUUCAGAUAUCAUAUCUGGUUCACUUACAAACGCCAAGUCUUAUCUGGGGGACAACUAAAACGACGUCGUUGGCUUAGUGGAUUUUUAACUAGGCUAAAGACCCAAACUUGGAUAAAUGGGCUUUAAAGACGUCUUUGGCCCAAUGUGCAGACUCUAAGCGUCGUCACUAAUUCGUAUCUGGCGCGAGGUUUUGGGCGGAGGAGAGAUGACGGACUGUUCGCCUCUUGCGGUGGCGAUGGAAGAGGAAGAGUCUACAGCCACGGCUAUGGAUGUAGAAGAGUCUCCGUCGACGUCGAUUGCACCGAGAGACCCGCCGAAGAUACAAAGGCUAGAAGAGUCAGUGGUGAACCGUAUCGCAGCGGGUGAAGUAAUCCAGCGUCCAGUUUCGGCGGUUAAGGAGCUCGUCGAGAAUAGCCUCGACGCCGAUUCAACUUCCAUAAGCGUCACUGUUAAGGACGGUGGCUUGAAGCUAAUUCAAGUCUCCGACGAUGGUCACGGCAUUAGACGUGAAGACUUGCCGAUCCUAUGCGAGAGGCAUACGACGUCGAAGCUGAGCAAGUAUGAAGAUUUGUUCUCUCUUAGUUCGAUGGGUUUUAGAGGAGAGGCGCUUGCUAGUAUGACUUAUGUUGCUCAUGUUACUGUCACCACUAUCACCAAAGGCCAGAUUCAUGGUCACAGAGUGUCUUACAGAGAUGGUGUGAUGGAGCAUGAGCCAAAGGCGUGUGCGGCUGUCAAAGGAACGCAGAUAAUGGUGGAGAAUUUGUUUUAUAAUAUGAUUGCUAGAAGGAAGACACUUCAGAACUCUGCUGAUGAUUAUGGAAAAAUAGUUGAUUUGCUGAGCCGGAUGGCCAUUCAUCACAAUAACGUUAGCUUCUCUUGUCGAAAGCAUGGAGCUGUCAAGGCUGAUGUUCACUCUGUCGUGUCGUCUUCAAGGCUUGAUUCUAUCAGAUCAGUUUACGGUGUGUCAGUUGCGAAAAGCUUGAUUAAAGUAGAAGUCUCCUCUGGUGAGUCCUCCGGUUGUGCUUUUGAUAUGGAAGGUUUUGUGUCCAAUUCGAAUUAUGUUGCUAAGAAGACCAUUUUGGUGCUUUUUAUUAAUGAUAGAUUGGUGGAAUGUUCAGCUUUAAAAAGAGCAAUUGAGAUUGUUUAUGCUGCAACUUUACCAAAAGCAUCGAAACCGUUUGUCUACAUGUCGAUCAAUUUGCCUCGUGAACAUGUUGAUAUCAAUAUUCAUCCAACAAAGAAAGAGGUAAGCCUUUUAAACCAGGAAAUCAUGAUCGAGAUGAUACAGUCAGAGGUUGAACUGAAACUGAGGAACACAAAUGAUACUAGGACGUUUCAAGAGCAGAAAGUGGAAUACAUUCAAUCUACGUUGAAAUCCUCGAGAAGUGAUACUCCAGUUUCUCCGCUGCCUUCUGGACAAAAAACACCGAAAGUUCCUGUGCAUAAAAUGGUGAGAACGGAUUCAUCAGAUCCAGCUGGAAGGCUACAUGCGUUUUUGCAACCUAAGCCCCAUAAUCUACCUGACACGGUUUCUAGUUUGAGUGCAGUGAGGUCUUCUAUAAGACAAAGAAGAAACCCGAAGGAAACUGCUGAUCUUUCUAGUGUCCAGGAACUUCUUUCUGGAGUUGACAGCUGCUGCCAUCCAGGUUUGCUGGAGACAGUAAGGAAUUGCACAUAUGUUGGAAUGGCAGAUGAUGUUUUCGCUUUAGUUCAGUAUCAAACACAUCUAUAUCUAGCAAAUGUGGUGAACCUCAGCAAAGAGCUCAUGUAUCAGCAAACUCUUCGUCGUUUUGCUCAUUUUAAUGCAAUACAGCUUAGCGAUCCAGCCCCUCUGUCUGAGUUGAUAUUGUUGGCUCUGCAAGAGGAGGAUCUAGAUCCUGAAAAUAACGAAAAAGAUCAUCUGAAAGAAAGAAUCGCUGAAAUGAAUACAGAACUCCUUAUGGAAAAGGUAGAGAUGUUAGAGGAGUAUUUCAGCGUGUUCAUUGAUUCCGAUGGGAAUUUGUCACGGCUUCCUGUCAUACUCGACCAGUAUACACCUGACAUGGAUCGUGUUCCUGAGUUUUUACUAUGCUUGGGAAAUGAUGUUGAAUGGGAAGAUGAGAAGGCUUGCUUUCAAGGAGUUUCUGCAGCUAUUGGGAAUUUUUACGCCAUGCAUCCUCCUCUUUUGCCAAAUCCAUCUGGUGACGGUGUUCGGUUUUAUUAUACUAAGACAAGUGAGAAGAGCUCUCAGGAGAAUCCAGCUUUAGGGGGUAACGUCGAGAUGGAGUCAGUUCUUGACCAAGACCUUCUCUCAGAUGCUGAAACCGCAUGGGCGCAACGUGAAUGGUCAAUCCAACAUGUGCUGUUUCCGUCUAUGAGAUUGUUCUUAAAGCCACCAGCUUCCAUGGCUUCAAAUGGGACUUUUGUUAAGGUAGCAUCCCUUGAAAAGCUGUACAAGAUCUUCGAACGGUGCUAAUCCAAUUCCAUUUGUGCUAACUAUGUUUACAGACUCUUAUAAAGUACUAGAACCAGUUUAUGGUUAAACCAAUCUGUGGCACGCAUGGAUGAUAUCAACCAUAAUCAUCAGACUUGUGACUUAGUUUUAUCCAUUGAAGAAAAAAAAAGUAGAUAGAUUAUCUGUUA